UGGCACACUAAAUGGUGUCAGGAUUACAGCUCCUCUGAAGGGAAGGGAUGGGACAAACAGAUAAAACUAUUGCAGGUAAAAAAGAAGGUAAAAGAACAGAAACUGGAGUCGGAACACAAAAACCCAAAGCCAAGAGAUCACCCCUCCCCUUGUUUCAGGGAGGUACUUGGUUGGCAAACCCAGAGGUAAAUCAGCUCUGAGAAGAAGUCGAAGCAAAUACAGCAUGAGGACUGAAAGGCUGGUCACUGUAGGAACUUUUGGAUGCUUUAUUCUGUAGGCUGUUUUUGCAGACCUGAACACCUGGACACAGGGGAAAGAAACAUGAACUGCUGAGUCUUUUUAAUUCUUACAGUUAGAAGCCUGUCAGCAAUAAAACAGGAUUAGGUAUGUUUUACAGACUACAGCCUUUCAUACCUUAAGCCAACCACAGAGGCAGAAGUGUCAAUUCCAGACUGGACUUUUGGCUCUGACUCCCAUCAUGAGGGGAUCUUCUGUAGAGGUGGCUUACUGGUUGAUGGUGUUGUGUUAUCUUGGACGGAAGCAUCUGGUGACCAGUGGCUGCUCUGGGAGGUGUUGCAGGGGCAGAAACAUGGGAUGUUCGUCUACUGACUGGAGGAUGGACCGAACGUACGGGACGUGCUACUGCGACGAAGACUGCAUCAACGCCAAGGACUGUUGCUUUGACUAUUUUACAGAGUGUCCCGCUCAGGACUGUGCUGUGGGCGCCUGGAGCUUUUGGAGUGGCUGUGCCAAGCCCUGUCAGCCAUCAGUCAGAGUCCGUGUCCGUCACGUAGAGCAGCAACCCGGUAACAGUGGUGAUCCCUGUCCCUGGCUGGAGCAGAGAGCUGGGUGCAGGGAGUACAGAGACCAGAGGGGCACCCACUGUGGACUCCACUCAGGCCCAGCAUUCAUCACCAGCAUGAAGUUUGGCAACAGAAGGCCCAAACAUGACAGCUAUGGAAACCCCCUAGAGGCCGGGUUCUGUGUGGAGUUUAAACUGGAGUCCCGGACGCCACACUGCACAGUGGAGAACCGGCCUCACACACACUGGAUGCGCUACAUAACUGAAGGCUUUAAAGUGUGUGUGGCGUGUGAACCACCUGCCUUGCGAAACAGUAGCUGCCAGGGAGAUGGCCAAGAAGCAGACAAAGAGACUUUGCUUGACUGGCAGGCAGUGGGGAACCCGCACUGCAGAGGGACAUGGAGGAAGAUCCAGAAAACUCCACAGUGCACUUGUCCAACACAACACAACUUCAUCUUCACCUGACCUUCACAAACCACAGCCCGGAUCAGCCGCUGAAUUUAAAUACUCAGAACAUCAAAGGAUGUUCUCCAACAGACUGAGAUCUGCAUAAUGAAAAGCAUAGAAAUCACCUCAAAGAAUAAAGCAUUUCCUCUAGAUGUUAGAAUCAAAACAACUGUACAGCUAGAUUUUAGUUUUCCUUUUUUAUUUAAUAACUCCAAAAAAAAAAAACAAAAAAAAAAAAUCUAAAAUUUCCAGCAUAGUUAUAAAAGCCAGGUUUGUAAUAUUUUGUCUUUGGCGCCCCCUUGUGGAACAUAGUAAAAGAGUUAGAGGCAGCAAUGAGCAGCAGGUUUAAUUUGCAGUUUUACAGUUUAAAAGGCCAAUGUGCAACAAAAUAUAACAAAAACCAUCUUUCACAUUUAUCACAUUUUUAUACAUAUAUUUAAAAAAAUACAACAACAGCUUAACUUUGAGGGAAACUCUUCAGAAAA